AUGGUCGCGAGACACCAACGCGGUCAAGGUCAGCCGGCUUCUCACGAAGCUACCUACAUACUACGAUCGGAGACACAAAAACAAUUUGUCGCGGAAUUGGACGACGAACUGCUGCAGGUAUUGGGAGAAGAUCCAUCAAAGGCUAAUACUCCAGGUAAAGACAUACAGUCUGAUCUUGGAGUACACCUACAACACAUACAUCCUGGUUGUCUAAAGAAACCAGAAAAAAAAUCUAAAUACUUACUGCCAGGGAAUUGUACACUAAUCAAUUCACUUGAUUUGAACGCAGACGCAAAGGCCGUGAACUCGGACACGGUUUAUAAAAGAGACCAAGGUAUCAAAACUAGACAGAAACAAACUGUUACAGCUACUUCUUGUUUAGCAGAGUCACUAACCAUGCUCUUGUCUGUGGAAACGAGAAAUACGACUCUUAUAAAAUUACUAAUGGCAAGCUGUUAUGUGGAAACCAAUAUCAAGACUCAGUCACAUGAUGAAACUUUAUUCUGUAUUACCUUAAAAAAAAGAUCUAAAAAAACCACUGCAAGCAACAAAUGUGGACAAGUACCUAUUCAGUCAGGGAUUAGCUAA